GCAAUCUUCUACAAAUGAGUGAACUCGAGGCCAAGCUUCCCCAAAAACGGUAUUACCGUCAACGUGCUCAUGCCAACCCAUUCUCCGAUCACCAUUUGGAAUACCCUGCCAAGCCUGAGGACAUGGACUGGUCAAAGCACUAUCCCCAGUUCUAUCCUGCUAAAGAGGGAGAGGUUCAGAAAAAAGUCGAAUUUGCAGAUAUUGGCUGUGGUUAUGGUGGUCUUUUGAUUGCUCUCUCUACUCUCUUUCCCGAGAAGCUGAUGUUAGGUAUGGAGAUCCGUACAAAAGUAGAAGACUAUGUAUUUGAGCGCAUCAAGGCUUUACGUACUCAAGAGCCUGGAUCUUACCAGAAUGUAUCAAUUAUUCGUAUGAAUGCCAUGAAGUUCUUGCCAAAUUUCUUUGAGAAAGGACAGCUUUCAAAAAUUUUCUUUCUCUUCCCUGAUCCUCACUUCAAACUUAGAAAACAUAAGGCGCGUAUUAUCAGCCAAACCUUGCUGGCUGAGUAUGCAUUCAGUCUCCGUGUAGGUGGUAUUCUCUACACUAUUACCGAUGUAAAGGAUCUUCAUGAGUGGAUGGUUAAGCACUUGGAUGAGCAUCCUUUGUUCAAGAGAAUCUCUGAUGAAGAAUGUGAACAAGAUCCUGUUGUCGAACACGUUCGCAACGCCACAGAAGAGGGAAAGAAGGUUGCCCGUAAUGAAGGUGAUAAGUUCCUCGCAUGCUAUCUCCGCAUCGAGGAUCCUUAUCAGGCAUAAGAUAUGCUACUCGAUUAUAUAUAAAAAAAUUACAAGAGCAUCAGAUUCUUGGAACGUCAUGUGUAUAUUAAAGAUUUGUUCACCCAUCUUUGCCCAGUCUACAGCAUAAAGAUAUACAUAAACUAGUAUAUUCUGUGCC